AUGAUCAGUUUUAGAUUUCGGAUCAAUCGUCAAACUGAUCCAAAACGUCAGUUUUCUAUUGAUCAGAGUGGUUCGUUACGAGUUGCUCAACGACUUGAUCGUGAAGAGAUUCCAAAAUAUAAUUUAGUAGUUGAGGCAUUUGAUUCAGCGGGUAAUGUUGGCUUUCAAACAAUUGAAAUUUAUGUUCAAGAUGUUAAUGAUAACGCACCCGUACCAUAUACGGUGCCUAAUCCAUGCGUAUUUAUGGAAAAUACUGAUCCCACAAUGCAGCCGAAAUGUGAAAUUCGGGCAUAUGAUCCAGAUACCAUUGAAAAUGGACCUCCAUUCAUGAUGAAACUAGCAUCAGAUUUCAAGUACGGAGCAUAUCUAAAUGUUGUAUACAAUAAAAAUGGUGACAAUGGCAAUGGUUCAAUGAUUGUCACCGCGAAGCAGCGAUUUGAUCGUGAAGCUGAAUUUCCUGGCAAACAAUUGGAAAUACCAAUAAUUCUGAAAGAUUCGGGAGGUUUACAAUCGGAGCGAUCAGUUUUCAUUAUUAUUGGAGAUGAGGUGCUUACUUUAUGCAACUUAUUUUUCAAAAGUAUGUAUUUUUUGCUUCAGAAUGAUAAUCCGAUGAAAGACGGUGAAAUGACAAUUUUUGUGAAUAGCUAUUUGGGGCAUCUCGAGAAAACAGUCAUUGGACGAGUGUAUGUAGAAGACAAAGAUGACUGGGAUCUACCUGAUAAAGUAUUCUCCUGGGCACCGGGUAAAUCCUUGCCUGGAUUCAGUCUUGCAUCUAAUGGAGAGAUUACAAUGGAUGCUGAAAUGCCUCCUCGAACUUAUCAAAUGACUGCUAAUGUGCUUGAUAAAAAACGUAAUGAGAAAGCGCAAGGUGUUGUAAAUGUGAUUAUAAAAAUAGUACCUGCUUCAGCCUUUGAAAAUCAGGGUGCAGUAAGAAUUAUGCUUUCACCUAAUGGCUUAGAUUCACCAGGAAGUUUUAUACGAGUGGAUUCCAGUGGUUCUAGUCCAAUGAGUCGAUUUGUGGAUAAAAUGAACGAGUAUUUAGAUGGUAGCUCAGAACUAGAUGUUUUCUCUAUUAAGCAAGAUCAAGCAGUACUGCAAAACUAUGCUCCAGCUGUCUUGGACGUUCGUUUUUCUGCCCAUGGCAGUCCGUACAAAAGUCCUGUCAUGCUAAAUGGCUUGAUUGCCCAGCAUAGGGCUGAGUUAGAGCAAGUUAUUGGUGCUACUAUUGUAUCAGCUGGUAUUGAUAUGUGUAAAUUUACAGUUUGUGAUAAAGGUUGUCAAACAGUCAACCACGCCAAUGAGCAAGGAAUUGUAGUAGCAGCAAAUGAAACCGUGGUAGUUGGAGUGAAUGCCUGGUCAAACGAUACGUGUAUCUGUCCAGUUUUCAUACCACCUUCUAGCUGUCAAGCGAACAUAUGUCUCAAUUCAGGUGUUUGCCAUAACACCUAUCCUGGAUUCUUUUGUGAAUGUCGCAAUACAGCACUUAAAGGUUCACGAUGUCAAGGCACUACACGUUCGUUUGAUGGUGAAGGAUUUGCUUGGUUCAAACCAGUCCCAGCUUGUACUUCAUUGAAUAUCACUUUGCAGUUUCUAACAAGACAGCCUGAUGGUUUACUGCUAUACAAUGGUCCGAUGGGAGAUAAUAAUGCAUUUGGUCAAGCGGAUUAUAAGGAUUAUGUUGUGAUCAGAUUGGUUGGUGGCCGUGUGCAAGCGGACCUUAUGUUCAACGGGAUUGUUGCUAAUCCUAUUCAACUUUCAAGCUCAGAUCCUCUUAACGAUGGCAAAUGGCAUACCGUUACAUUAAGUCAAAGCGGCAAAGUUAUUGAAUUGGUAAUUGAUCAGUGCUACACAAUAGUACCUAUCGGGAGAGGUGACAAAAUUUUCGGUGUAGACGAUUCAUCGUGUCGUCGUGUGAAAAUUACAGCUGAUGAUGAUGAGCGGUUGAAUGUUAUUGCACCUUUACAAGUUGGUGGAAUAGCCCAACUGUCCGAAAAUGACCACUAUCCAGCGAUAGUAACAGCUUUUACGACAAGCUUCCAAGGUUGUAUACGUAAUUUGGUAAUUAACAAUGAAAUGUACGAUUUGGGUGUUCCGGAUUACGCUAGUGAAAUUCAUUCACAAAUGGGUUGUCAACUUACGGAAGCAGUGUGUGGUGCUAAUGAUAUUAGUGGCCCAUAUUGUAUUCACGGUGAAUGUGUAGCUGAUUUAGUGGUAAGUAUUUCAAAUGUGCCAAAAUGCCAGUGUGAUCCGGGAUAUGGUGGCGAUCAAUGUGAAAUUGCAUUGGAAUGGGUAGAAUUUGGUCAGGGGUCAUUUGUAGAAUAUGAUGUAAAGGUUGGUUUAGAAGAUAAGACAACAGAUGUGGAUGUAUUAUUUUUACCGGGAAAAGCUAGUGCUGGCACAGGAGAACUUGGUUUUGCUGGUGCUGGUGAUAAGUAUGUUAGUACUUCGAUGGAAAAUCAUUUGCCUACUGCUAGAUUUGACUUUAGUUCAACGUCUGCUAGCACAUCUAGUACGCCAGUUGAAUUACAACUGAAUAAUUUACGCCUUCAAGACAAUAAUUCUUACUGGAUGCGAUUUUCAAGAAGUCCUGUUCGAGCCUCAUUAUCCAUUGAUGGAGUGUAUCACGAAGUAGUGCCUCUGAAUCCUCUUAAAGUUCCUUAUCAAUUUGAUAUUAAUGAACUGCUUCUUGGAGCCUUGAGCGUUCAAGGGGCAAAAGGUUUUAAAGGUUGUAUUGGCACAUUUCGUUGGCAACACAUUAAUUUGCCUUUAAUGAAAGACGACGAAUUCUCAGAUGACAAUAUCCAAAGUGAUAGUGACUCCAUCAUAUCAAUAAAGCAAUCAAAAAAUGUGCAAAGAGGUUGUUCACAACGGAAAACAUGUGCUAAUGUUGAUUUUGGAUACUGUGGUGGUUCAUUUGUUUGCAUGGAUUUUUGGAAAGGACCUUUCUGUACUUGUCCUGAAGGAGCUCAGGUAUUACUAGGAGUUAAUGGUGAAUUAGUUGGUUGCGGAGAAACAUUGGCAGUUAGCAGUCUUGGAAUUUCUAGCCCUGCAAUUAUACUCAUAUUAAUAUGCUUAAUAUUAUUAAUUAUGUUGGUUAUGUUAAUGGUAGUAUACACAAGGCAUCACACACCACCUUUCGAACCAAUUCGUCCAGAAGAACUUAAUCGUGAUAAUUUGAGACCUUAUGGUGUAGAAGGUGGUGGUGAAGCUGAUAAUGAUCAGUAUAAUAUCAGUAAUCUGCGCAAACCGGUCAUCCCAAUAGAAGAAAAUGGUAUUAAUGGCUAUACACAACCAGUAUAUCCAGCUCAAAGGCCAUCAAUCGGUAUUAAAUGGUUUUUUGAUGUAAAAUUAUCUGCCAAAUAUAUUCAAACUUUCAUUAUUUAUAUUGAAAAGUGGGGGCCACGUUUUAAUAAUUUAGCCGAUAUCUACGGCAAACGAGGAAAUUAA